CAUUCCUUCAAAUCGUGAUACCAGGAGGCCAGUAUCCGGAAGCGAAACAGUAGGAAGAGCCAAACGUUCCAGUUGCCGCCUGCAUGCCCACCACCCGGUAAUUAACUAUUGAACAGUGCUCCACGCUGCGGUGAUGGUUUUGGAGCACCAGGAUAUACAACUUGACCUCCAAAUCUACAGUAAUAUAUACCCUGCCACAUCCACCUCCACAGUUUCCAUCUUAUAUUAAGCCCAGUCGCCUUCACGUAGCUGGUAGGUGUGAGGUCCGGAAUGGAGAUACCCUACGCCACUUCCAGCUCUCUGGACCUCCCGGACGGCAAGAUCGGCACCGGCGUAGUCCGGCAGGCAAGGUUGACGCCGCUCGGUCACCCAUCGCCGCCUCCUUCCUUGGCUACGCCUUUCUUCCGGUGGAGGUCUAAAGCCGGUAGCAUGACAGCGGUGGAGUUGCUGGAGCUGCUGCUCCCAUGCAUCCGGUGGAUCCGCACCUACCGCUGGAGAGAGUACCUCCAGAUGGACGUCGUCGCCGGUGUUACCGUCGGUGUCAUGCUCAUCCCUCAGGCAAUGUCAUAUGCAAAGUUAGCUGGGCUUCAUCCAAUCUAUGGGCUCUAUUCUGGUUUUGUUCCAAUAUUCGCAUAUGCUAUAUUUGGGUCAUCCCGUCAGCUUGCAAUAGGUCCUGUGACACUGGUCUCUCUCGUAGUUUUGAAUGCUGUGAGUAACAUUGUUGAUCCCUCAGAUGAGCUUUACACAGAGCUUGCUAUAUUAUUGGCGUUUAUGGUUGGCGUAGUAGAAUGUAUAAUGGGGCUGCUAAGGCUUGGUUGGAUUCUCCGUUUCAUCGGUCGCUCUGUAAUUUCUGGCUUCAUUACUGCUUCAGCCAUUGUAAUCGCACUAUCUCAAACCAAAUACUUCUUAGGAUACGACAUAGUUAGGAGCAGUGAAAUUGUACCACUUGCGAAAAGUAUUGUUGCUGGUUCUGGAAAUUUCUCGUGGCCCCCCUUUGUAAUGGGAUCUACCAUUCUUUCAGUUAUCAUCCUCAUGAAGCACCUGGGGAAAACAAAAAAGAAUUUGAAAUUCCUUGGUUCUUCAGGACCACUUCUAGCAGUCAUACUGGGUACAUCUUUCAUGAAAGUCUUUCAUCCAUCUUCAAUUUCUGUGAUAGGUGAAAUACCGCAAGGGCUUCCAAAAUUCCAUAUUCCUGGAGAAUUUCAGUAUGCACGAUCCCUAAUAUCGACUGCAUUUCUCAUCACGGCUGUGGCGGUUUUGGAAUCUGUGGGGAUAGCCAAAGCUUUGGCAGCAAAGAAUGGGUAUGAAUUGGAUCCAAAUCAAGAGUUGUUCGGUCUUGGCAUGGCCAAUAUCUGUGGUUCAUUCUUCUCUGCAUACCCUGCUACAGGUGCUUUUUCUAGGUCCGCUGUAAAUCAUGAUAGUGGGGCAAAAACUGGAUUAUCUGGGGUUAUAAUGGGAUUAACAGUGGGAUGUGCUCUUUUUUUCUUGACGCCAUUGUUUACAGAUAUACCUCAGUGUGCACUUGCUGCCAUCGUGAUUUCUGUUGGUAUAAGUCUUGUGGAUUAUGAGGAAGCCUUGUUUUUGUGGCAUGUGGACAAGAAAGAUUUCCUUCUCUGGACCAUCACUUGCAUUACAACAUUGUUCCUUGGAAUUGAGAUUGGUGUGCUUGUUGGGGUAAGCUCCUCCCUUGCAUAUGUCAUCCAUGAAUCAGCAAAUCCACAUAUUGCUGUCUUGGGGUGGCUUCCUGGGACCACCAUUUACAGAAACAUUGAACAGUAUCCUGAAGCAUGUAUAUAUGAUGGAAUUGUUGUUGUUCGAAUUGAUGCACCAAUCUACUUUGCAAAUGCCAGUUACAUCAGGGACAGGUUACAAGAAUAUCAAACCAAAAAGUACGGGCCAGAAACCGAAAAGGUUUAUUUCGUGAUCAUUGAAAUGGCAUCUGUUCCAUAUAUUGACUGUAGUGCUGUUCAAGCUCUCAAGGACCUGCAUCAGGAGUACAAAUCACAAGAAAUCCAGAUUGCAAUUUCCAAUCCAAACCGGAAAGUUCUGCUGACUCUCUCAAGAUCAGGCCUUGUUGAAAUGAUUGGCAAGAAUUGGUAUUUUGUGAGCGUGCAUGAGGCUGUCCAGGCUUGCCUCCAGGAAAUGUCGAACUUGCAUGGGACUGCACCAAGAAUACUGGGGAAUUCGACUGCCUGUGGGCAACCUGAUUUCCUCCAAAAGCUAUGGAAACAACAAGAUGGAGAUGAAUCCCCUCCUGGUCAAGAGCCUUUGCUGCCUGUAAAGGUGGUCUGAGUGUCGUUUCUCGACUGGCUUAUCAUUUGCUGGUUCGGUCAGUGCUAUCCUAUGUCCAUGAACGGUAUGAAAAACUAGAGUAUUAUGGCCUUCUCGAGUAGGAUACUUCAUGCCGGUGACAAGUUGGACGGCGUUCUAAAGUAUAACUAAUAAUGGCAGACUUGAGAUCCCAGGACUGAAAUCAGCUUUGUUGGAAAGAAAUGAUUCCACAGCAGAGCCACUGGCUAAUGGCCUUGAAAUUACUCACCUUCGUAUCUUGUAUAUCCUUGAUUGUUUGCUUGGUUUUGAAGUUUUACAGGCUUUAAAAUUAGGCUGGCAGACACGUGCUUCAUGGUUAGUGAUCAGUGGGUCCAAUUAAUUUGCGUCGACCUACAAUUGAUUGUGGAUGUGCUGUCAGCUACCAGAUAAGAAUGAGAACGUAAAGCCAUCUUGUACAAAGCCUCGAGGUUCCAAAAAAUGUCAGCAAUUUGUAAAGGAUCCUCAGCUACUUUAUACAUUAAACCUUAUGUUCUAUAGAAGGACAUUAAUUCCCA